CUCAAUGGUAGUAGUAGACAAAAUGUGACUUCAAACACCAAGAGGUUUACCGAAAGGAAACAACAUGGCGGAAGCAGGAAUUGAUCGUCUCUCAGGAAAUUCAAUCGUUAGCCUCAAUGAGGCUCUUCAAAAGCAUGGAGGCGGUUUUCAAUUUAUGGAUGAUUUAUCGGAACAAUUGUUUCCAUCCGUAUUUGGCGCGAUUAAGAAUUGUUUGUACAAGCCAUUACGGAAACACCCCCUGUACAAGGAAGUCGAAUUUCUCUGGACUGGAAGUACAGCCGAAGGGGUGAAUAUUCCUAAUUUUGAUAGGCAUGGGGAUGGAAAGCCUAAUCUUGAAUUCGAAAUGGAUAUACUCUGUGUGCUCCGAGACGUUAAAGUCGGAAAAUCUAUGGACAGUCCCGCCAUGUUGAUGAAGCAAGAAGAUACAAGCGAGGGAUACUUCGUCGUGUAUCUAAAUGAUGAGGAGUACAGAAGAACUUGGGCUCCCUUUGCUAUUCACCCAAGCGACCCCAAGAGAAAGGGAGAAAUGUACCUUAAUCCAUUGUUGAUUGUAGAAGACUUGUACAAGCAAAUUGAACAUAUUUUCGCUCAAAUCCCUUUACUAACUGAAAAAUUCCGAUUGGAAUUCAAUCCACCAGCGGUUACUUUGUCUAUGUCUACAGACUUCCAGAAGAUUACAAUUAAUUGCGAUUUGGUUGUGGCAUUAGAGUUGCCUUAUGAUUGUCUUCCAAGGGAGUAUCCGUCGUGGAUAACAGUACAUGGGAAACCGAACUGGCUCAGCGAAGAGGCUUGGGAUAAAGCACAACAACAGCAUCUUUAUCUUGUCGGGAAAUGUUCACCUAGUGGACAACCAAAAGUAGAAUGGAGACUGUCUUUCAGCGUUGUAGAACUUAUUCUGUUACAGGAAUUAGCAUCACGAUUUCCGGCAGCUUUAACAUGUUACAGAAUUUUUAAACAAAUAAGAUUCUGGCAUUUAAAAUGCCCUCAUAUUCUUCAUUCGUAUCACUUGAAAAUGGUGUUUCUUCAAGCAUGCCACAGGUACCCUCCACACCUAUGGACAGAUAACAAUUUGGCAGCCAAUCUCCUUGGACUUUUGGAUGACGUGUUUUAUUGCCUGGCCACAAAGACUUUGUCAAGUUACUUUAUUCCACAAUACAACCUGGUUGAGGGAGUUUACUCUGAAUUUCUGUUCACCUUACUGGAUAAAUUGAAUGAUGUGAGAAAGGAUCCAAUUAAAAACGUUAUAAAUUUAGAAAGAUGAAAGUAUAUAAUGAAAGAAUGCAGCUGCAUGCCUCAUAUUUCAGGAGUGUAGAUUUUGUCACAUCACACCUCUGCUCAAGUCAUUAAACUGGCUGCCAGUAAAAUAUCGCAUACUUUUUAAAAUUAUCUUAACUACUUUUAAAGCGAUUAACAUGGUCUUGCCCCAGCCUACAUAAGUGAGCUGAUUUCUGUUAGAGACACCAGAAGAUAUGAUUUGCAUUCCAUUGAUGGCUUACUCCUUGCUCCUUGCAAGGGCAAAAUACUCACCAUGCCCGGUGAUUGAUCUUUCCAUGUGGCUGCCCCUAAAUUGUGGAACAAUCUUGCAGGCACUAUCAGAAACACCCAAUCUUUAAACAAGUUUAAGAAAGCCAUUAAGAAUUUUUUAUUUGCAAAAGCUUUUUAAUUCUUUUUAUCUAGUUUUUAUAUUUUUACAUCUUAGUGAACAUUUUUAUUUUUCAGUUUUUAGUAACUUUAAGGUAGUUAAUGUUUAAAAUUGUAAUGCACAAUUAAAAAUUCUUAUAUUGAUAAUUGCACAAUAUGUCUAUAAAUUAUUAUUAUCAUUAUUAGUAUUAGUAUUAUUAUUAUUACACCCACAUCUUAAAAAUAGAGAGUUGAAGCUUAUCUGCCAAAGAGGCAAAACCACAGUCAAAAAUAUAGGUAAAUCAGUCCGUCAUUAGUAGUGCUUUGAGAGUCCCCUCUACCCCUUUACAGAACUCAGUCACAUUAAAAAUAUUUGGCAUUUUCAGGCAUCACGAAAUAUAUCCAAAACUCUUUCACAUUCAUGUGAAAUUCGAAAAAAUC